AUGUUUCUGGAUGCUGCGGACAACAGAAGAGAAUGGCACAGGACCCUCGAUGUGCGCUUGAUGGCCAGGUCCUCAAAUUACCAAUGUACGACCUACAGCAACUCAGAUCCGCAGGGUUUUGGUCCUAUUACUCGCAAGGAGGGAUUCAGACAGCCUCAGGAAGGGAUGAUGGCGAUCUCGGACCCAGCAAUCUGGCGUGCGUGGCAGAGACGGGCAGAUGCCUGGUGGCUGGAACCGGAGCGGAGGCUGCCGUUAUCGGGUCCGGGUCAGAAUCUAAGCAGUCAGCAGUUGGAGCGCCGUAAGGAAGUCGCAACCAGAGCGUCUUACAGUAUUUCCUGCCAUAGUGACGCCACAGUUUGUCAACUACAUGACGAGUACAACUUCGCAUCAGAUAGGGAUAAGAAGGCGCUGUCAGAGGCUUUACAAUUCUUCUGCAGCGAGGCCACGAUCCAGGACCUCAACCCCAGCAACGCCCAGCUUCUCCGAGAGCAACAAGCGUUGAAUGACAAGGUAGCCUCUCAUGAACAGAGCCUGUCUUUCAAAGCGCAGCUGCAUAGGUGUGGGGUGUUAAAAGUACGCGCAACUUCAUGCUUCGACUUCGGCCAAUGCGUCGGGCGAGCGGAAGAGAAUAGACGAAGCUCGCAAGGCCUGACAGAGUAA